AUGGGACCACCAGGAAUGCCCCCUCAUUUCCCUCCGAUGGGAAUGCCCCCUAUGGGGCAGAGACCGCCCAGCAUGACUCCUAUGCCUCCUGCUAUGAUUCCCCCUGGUAUGAUGCCACCAAUGGGGGCUCCUCCACUGGGUCAGAUGCCAGGCAUGAUGCCACCCAUGAUGCCAGGGAUGAUGAUGCCGCCUCGCAUUGCAGCUGCAUCUGUACAGCCAACAGGACCGCCUGGUGUUGAUCCAACAGCUGCUGCACCUGGAACAGCUAGUACUUCAAAUGGAUCUCCACAAGAAGAACAAAAAAAGAAAUCCUUGUGGACAGAGCACAAAUCACUGGAUGGAAAGACCUAUUAUUACAAUACAGAGACCAAGCAGUCCACGUGGGAGAAACCAGAUGAGCUGAAAUCUCCUGCUGAACAAAUGCUGUCCAAAUGUCCUUGGAAGGAGUAUAAGUCAGAUACGGGAAAACCUUAUUAUUAUAAUUCCCAGACAAAGGAGUCCAGAUGGACCAAACCAAAAGAGUUGGAGGAUCUCGAAGCCAUGAUCAAAGCAGAAGAAAAUGGGUCUGAUAGCAAAACAGUAGAGACAGCAGCUCCUGGCACCACCCCAACUCCUGCUGUGCAAACAGAUAAUUCAGAUGCUACAGCAGCUGUGAUAGAGGCAGAACCUGUGACCACAGUCUCAGAAGAUCCUGUGUCUCAGGCAGUGGCUGCACCUGUCAAAGCUGAGAUCAAGACUGUGGAUACACCUGUAGUUUCCUCAGAGAGCACAGCUGCCUCAGAGCCCACACCCAGUGUGGAAGUUAUUAAGGAAGAACGUCCUGAACUUCAGAAGAAAACGUACAAGUGGAACACAAAAGAGGAAGCCAAACAGGCCUUCAAAGAGCUGCUGAAGGAGAAAGGUGUGGCAUCAAACUCGUCUUGGGAACAAGCUAUGAAAAUGAUUAUCAAUGAUCCUCGUUACAGCGCUCUUCCCAAACUGAGUGAGAAGAAGCAGGCGUUUAAUGCCUAUAAAGUCCAAACAGAAAAAGAAGAAAAGGAGGAGGCUCGGAUCAAAUACAAAGAGUCCAAAGAGACCUUUCAGAGGUUCUUGGAGAAUCACGAGAAGAUGACAUCUACUACCAGAUACAAGAAAGCAGAACAGAUGUUUGGUGAGCUGGAGGUGUGGAGCUGUGUUCCAGAGAGAGACCGACUGGAGAUCUAUGAAGAUGUUUUGUUCUACUUGGCCAAGAAAGAAAAGGAACAAGCCAAGCAACUAAGGAAGAGAAACUGGGAAGCUCUCAAGAACAUUUUGGACAACAUGGCCAAUGUCACCUACCGAACCACUUGGUCUGAGGCCCAGCAGUAUCUGCUGGACAACCCCACCUUUGCAGAAGAUGAGGAGCUGCAGAACAUGGACAAAGAGGAUGCCCUCAUUUGUUUUGAGGAGCACAUCCGGGCUCUGGAGAAGGAGGAAGAGGAAGAUAAACAGAAAACUCUUCUCAGGGAGAGGAGGCGCCAACGCAAAAACAGAGAGGCUUUCCAGAAAUUUCUGGAUGAGCUCCAUGACCACGGUCAGCUUCACUCCAUGUCCGCCUGGAUGGAGAUGUACCCGACCCUGAGCUCAGACAUCCGCUUUGCCAACAUGCUGGGACAGCCGGGUUCCACUCCUCUGGAUCUUUUCAAAUUUUAUGUGGAAGACUUGAAGGCCCGAUACCACGACGAAAAGAGGAUCAUCAAAGAUAUUCUGAAAGACAAAGGCUUCAUGGUUGAAGUGAACACUGGCUUUGAGGACUUUGGGUCAGUCAUCAGCUCAGACAAAAGAGCCACCACGCUGGACGCUGGCAACAUAAAGCUGGCCUUCAACAGUUUACUGGAGAAGGCUGAAGCCAGAGAGAGGGAACGAGAGAAGGAGGAGGCUCGCAAAAUGAAGCGGAAGGAGGCAGCCUUCAAGAACAUGCUGAAGCAAGCGACACCACCGCUGGAGCCAGAGGACACAUGGGAAGGAGUUCGAGAAAGAUUCUUCAAGGAAACUGCGUUUGAAGAUGUGACGCUAGAGUCGGAGAGAAAGAGGAUAUUCAAAGACUACAUUCAUGUUUUAGAGCAUGAAUGUCAGCAUCACCACUCCAAGACAAAAAAGCACUCAAAGAAGUCCAAGAAGCACCACAGGAAGAGAUCUCGCUCCCGCUCGGGUUCAGAGUCCGACGAGGAAGACUACCACAAGAAGAAGAAACGGUCUCCGUCCAAAUCGCCAUCUGAGCGCUCCUCCAGUGGCGAGUCCGAGAGAAGCUACAAGAAAUCCAAGAAGCACAAGAAGAAAGCCAAGAAGAGACGCCACAAGUCUGCGUCGCCCGAAUCCGACAGUGAGAAGAAAGGAAGAGAGCGUGAACUAAAGCGUGAAAAGGACGUGGAGAAAGAUAAAGAGAAUGACAAGUCCCGAGGGAAAACUCACUCGGAGUCCAAACCCAAAUCUCCCAAAAAGAAGCCAGCCAAAGAGGAGGGAGGCUGGGACACAUCGGGCAGCGAGCUGAGUGAAGGUGAGCUGGAGAAGAGGAGGAGAACUUUACUGGAACAGCUGGACGCACCAUGACUGAACUGAGCGAUUCUUUUUCCAUUUGUACAAAGUGAAACCACCCAAAACAGACUGCAACGCGCUCAUCUGGUGAUUUUAAUUUGAAUUUGUUGACAGUUAUGCUUUAGAAGUUUAGGUGCCUGUAGCUGUAAAUGUUUUGUCAACAAUUUUUUUAUAUUGAAUUAAAAGCAAAUGUCACAAUGGCCAACUGCGUAAAGCAGAAUAACUUGUUCACAUGUUCAGAUUUUGGGGAAUGCGUCUUAUCACAAAUGAGAUUUUAAUGGAACAUUAAUAAAUAAGUAAUAAGUAAUAAAUCAAUGUUUGCAUAUAUGCAGUUUAAUUAUGGUAUCUCUACUGAUGAGAUUAUACUCUUUCUGCAUUUCCUAAAAUACGAAAAGCAGCAGAUUAUCAAGCAACAGAUGACAUCAAACCUUCAGGUGGAUUCAGGAAAG